CUUUCACAGCCUUUAUGACGUCAGAUGUAUGAGAGAACACCUCUAUCAGUUCCUUAAAGCUGUAAAUAAGAAAAAAAACACGACACCGGGCGACAUGGAUUGCGUUUGGUGAUCAACCCAAUACCUUACUAUAAUUACCCAUGAUUCAUGUUACACAUGCAAGAUGGCGGACUUAGCGGUGGAAGUGUGUGGAGAAAAUGGUGCUUAUUACAAGGCUUAUGUGACCAACAUUCAUGAUGAUGAAGUGACAGUAGCAUUUGAAAAUGAUUGGCAGCCUGAAAGUAAAUUUCCGUUCCGAAGGGUCAGAUUUCCUCCACCCCCCUUAAAAGAAGGAGAAAAAUUAGAAUUAACUGAAGGACAAGAAGUUGAAGUGUACUCUAGGGCAAAUGAACAAGAAGCAUGUGGUUGGUGGAGAGCAGUUGUGAAAAUGACUAAAGGAGAUUUUCAUGUUGUGGAGUACCUUGGGUGGGAAACCACCUAUACAGAAAUUGUUCCUAGUGAUAGGCUACGAAACAAAAAUGCCAACCCACCAGUCACAAAGGGCUCAUUUCAUAAGUUUGAAAUGGAUGUACCUGAAGACAUUCAAGAGUACUCCAAAGUAGAAAAUGCCCAUAAGGAGUACAAGAAAGCUAUUGGUGCUGACAUUGUUAGGUUUAAUCCAGAAAAAAAUGUUUUAGUGAUUAUUGGAAGAUCAGAGGACACAAGGAAAAGAGCAAGUUUGUUAAUAGAAAUGCAUUUUCGAAACUUAAGACAGAAAGUACUUUUAGUCCAUAGAACUGAAGAAGCUGCUCGACAGUUAGAGAACACAAAACUACAUUCUACCUCUGGGUACGUGGAAGAGUUUACGGUUAGAGAUGAUUUAAUGGGUUUGGCUAUUGGAGCUCAUGGGGCCAACAUACAGAAUGCACGUAAACUGGAUGGCAUCACAGGCAUUGAUUUGGAAGAAUCUACUUGUACCUUUAAAAUAUAUGGAGAGACAGAAGAAGCAGUGAGAAAAGCUAGAAGUAUCUUGGAGUAUUCAGAAGAGUCAAUUUUAGUAUCCAGAGUCUUAGUUGGGAAAGUGAUAGGAAAAAAUGGGCGUAUAAUUCAAGAAAUAGUGGAUAAGUCGGGAAUAGUAAGAGUGAAGAUAGAGGGAGACAAUGAAAAUCAGGCUCCUCAGGAAGAGGUUCCAUUUGUUUUUGUAGGAACUGUUGAGAGCAUUACAAAUGCUAAAAUUCUUCUAGAAUAUCACUUAGCCCAUUUGAGGGAGGUUGAAAAACUACGUCAAGAAAAACAAGAAAUUGACCAGCAACUUAGGUCUCAGAUGGGCAGCAUUUUGAAUUUUCCAUUACCACGACGUGGUGGGCCUGACAAGGGAUACAAUUCUGACAUGGAUGUUGGUAGAGGAAGAGGAGGAGGACCACCAAGAGGUCGUGGAAGAGGUGGAGGAUCAGGACAGGGGCCUGGUCGCAAAUGGGCAGGAGAUUCUCGCUACAACAAUAGUACUGGUACUCAUCCUGCAACUCUCAUUGACUACAUCCCUAAUGACAAGAGAAGUGGCACAACCACAAAUCACAAUUCCCAAAGGGGGGGACCUGCAAGUGGCUAUAGAGGAGGAGCAAGGGGAGGAAACAGAGGAAACACAAUUAGAAAAUAAAAAUUAUCCUAAAGUGACUAUUUGAUUGACCAAAAACUUUGACCUGGCAUUGACAACUUCAACAAAGAAAACAAAAUUAUAACAUUCAGCAGUCUAGAUUAUUUCUGCUGUUAUAUCUCGAUUAUUGAAAUCCAACAGAUUUUUUUGUUUGGUUAAUCCUGUUUCUUCUUCUUGUUCAGUAGGUGUUGCAUACCAAAUUUUUUGCUGUUAGUAAAGGAAUUAAGUAGUAUAUCUUGAGGUUUUAUGAACUUCUCUAACUUAGUUAAUUUAAUUAAAAGGUUGAACUUCUUGAUGGUUGUAUCCAGUAUUUGUUUUCCCACAAAGUAUUGGGCUCAAUUUAAUUAACAUUUAAUUUGUGGUCUUGUUGUAAAGUACAGUAAUCCUAAAAAUCUGAGAAAAAGGGAGUAACUUAGGUUUAUAGAAUAUUCAAUUCCCUUUUUAAUUUUUGAAAUGAAUCUUACUUAUUUUAUUUAGUUAUUUCCCUCUGGUGAGCAGCACAUGGUUCUCAUGAUGAUCAUGGUAAUGGAUAAGAACCAGUUAACUGAGCUGCAUCUUUGUUAAUUUCCUGUAUUUUAUCGUAAGUAUGUGCAGUGACUAUGUCUAGACAAAGCCUGGGAAAGAACAUCUCACUGGAAUGAACCAGAGAGUUCCAUGCUCUUAAAGCUUUGCAAAUAGUUAUUCACUGAGAACUUAGUUUUUGGAGAAGUCUCAGUUUUCCUACUGAUAUAAAUAAUGUGUGAUUGAAGGACCUGACCAAAAAGUUUUUUGGGAUUUCUUUCAGAAAAAUUAAGAAUGUAUAGUAUACAGAAUUGUGUUGGGCAACUAUUUUGUGUGGACAGAUGGCUUAAAUCCAAACAUAUGGAGGGUGGAUGCCUUUUCAAAGGAUGUGCAACACUAUAAUUAUUGUUGCUAAAAAAAAUAUAAAAGUCACAAAAUAUAAUAAAACCUAUACUGAUUGCAUUGUUUACACAAAUGUGUGUAGAUAACAGUUUACUUAAAACUGAAGAUCCUUAUGCUUGAUAUUUGAGACACUUGGGACUUGUAUGACAAAUACCAUCUUUUUUCAAUAAAUGCAUAGAGUUUGAGAUCACAGCUUAUUAAUACCAGUUUCUAUAUCAAAAAUAUUCUUUGACAUUGAAUGUUUUAACAGAAGUUUAUUGAAUUACCUAUUGAGUUACCAAUUUAAUGAAAUGGCAUUAUGCAUAUUAAUGUAUUCUAUUAAUGUUCUGCAGCAAAUCCAAAGUCUUAAAUAUGAAAUCACAAGUCAUCUGUUAUAAAACAGUUAGAAGUUAUUUUAUUACAUGAGAUAAGACUUCUGUAUGAAUAUUUUCCUUUUGAACAGCAUGCAUAAAUGUGUGUGUUAGUAAUUUUUGGAGUAUUAUUCAAUAUACAAGUUGAUGAAAAGCUAAUCAUUUCAUCUAAUUUUGUUUGACGUACAACUGUAACCAAUUCUUCAUUUAAAGUUACCUGGAACUGAUAAUGUAACCUUACUGAAAACAUCAGUAUAGGCAUGAGAAUUGUUUAAAAAAAAACGAUUGUAAUACGAGAAAUACUACAGGAUUAUUCGUUACAAAAUCUUUAAUCCCACAUUGUAGAUUGGUAAUUGAAGGUAUCUGGAAAUACUUAUCUGUAAAAGUAACUCUUGAAUUAAUUUUUGCCUAAACUCUUAUAUUGUAAAAGGUUUUAAAAGACACAGAAGCUAAUGUUUUUUCCCUUAAAAAACAGGGUAAGGUUGUUUUAUGUAACCUUAAAAAAUUUCCUGUGUUAUCAAGGCUAUGACAAAUUAUUGUCAUUAACAAAUACAUUUUCAAGAUCUUGAAAUGUCUUAUUAUGAACAAUCUGUGUGGCUCACUAACCAUAUUCUAAGCCUAGUAUUUGAGUACCAUCAUUGUGCUUGUUGUUAAGAGCUGCUGUUGGGUUUGUGUGCCAUCUGUACUCGAACUAGCAAAGCUUGAUCAUGUCCAAUGUUGAUGAAAUCAAUUCGACUAACUUACCAUUUAGUAUCACAUUGAUGGUACUUGUUCCAUCAGAAAUUUUUCAUGUCGUUGUUGGUUAAUUUAGCAAUGACUUGUUAUCCUGGAGAUUGAAAACAAUCCAUUGCUUACUCCCGGGUUGAGUGAGCCAAGCAGACAAGAAAGGGUCUCGUGACCAGUUUGGGCCACAUCAUUGUAUUUUAUGAUUCUGAAGAUUUUGAUUAUUUUUACAUUCUCCCAUGGCUUCUCAUUUAUACACAUUCAGUUCAUUUUUUGUAUUGAGAGGUAAUGUUCCUCAUGUUGUAAUAAAGCUACCAAGUUUGGAAAAUCUCCA